CCGGUGCCAUAUGCUAUGAGAGUUAAGGUAGAGGCAGAGUUAGAGAGGCUGCAGCAGGCAGGUGUGAUAGAGCCUGUUGAAUUUUCCAACUGGGCAGCGCCAAUAGUGCCAGUGCUGAAGGAAGACGGCGGAUUGCGAAUAUGUGGAGACUACAAACUGACGAUUAAUCAGGCCUCCCAACUUGACACAUACCCCCUACCUCGAGUGGAGGAUCUGUUUGCUAGGUUAGCUGGUGGAAAAACAUUCACAAAGCUGGACAUGAGUCAUGCGUACCAGCAGCUACUGCUAGAUGAGGAGUCUAAACAAUAUGUGACUAUUAACACACAUAAAGGGCUAUUCAAAUACAACCGUCUGGUUUUCGGCGUUGCGUCCAGUCCAGCUAUCUUCCAGCGCACUAUGGACAAUCUGUUUCAAAACAUUCCCUGUGUUGCAGUCUACCUUGACGAUAUUUUAGUGACAGGUAAAACGGAAGUUGAACAUUUACAAAAUCUUGACCAGGUGCUUAAGAGACUGUCAGAUGCUGGACUGCGCCUGAAGACCAGUAAGUGCGUUUUCCAAGCUCCAAGUGUCACAUACCUGGGCCAUCGGAUUUCGGCUCAAGGUCUGUCUCCAGUGGAAGAGAAAGUGAGGGCGAUAAAGGAGGCCCCUAGUCCAAAGACUGUAGCAGAGCUCAGGUCAUUUCUGGGCCUAGUGAACUAUUACGGGAAGUUCUUACCUGAUCUCUCCACGGUACUUGCCCCUCUAUAUCGGCUGCUGCACAAAGACAGUCCAUGGAAAUGGCAGCAGGCACAGGAGGAGGCAUUUCGGCAUGUUAAAAGACUUUUACAUUCAGAACGACUGCUGGUGCACUUCGACCCUGACAGGGAUGUCAUCCUGUCUUGUGACGCGUCCCCUUAUGGCGUGGGGGCGGUCCUUUCACACCGGAUGGAGGAUGGAACCGAAAAGCCCAUCAGCUAUGUGUCACGUACUCUCUCGGCAGCAGAAAAAGGGUACUCUCAAUUAGAAAAGGAAGGAUUAGCGGUAGUUUUUGCUGUGAAACGUUUCCACCACUACCUGUAUGGUCGUCCUUUUACCAUUUUCACAGACCACAAGCCAUUAAUGGGUCUGUUUAGUGAGAUAAAAGGCAUUCCUCCCAUGGCGUCUGCAAGAAUCCAGCGCUGGGCACUGACCCUGUCGGCGUACCAGUAUCACAUAGUGUAUAGGGCAGGUAGUGAAAAUGCAAAUGCCGACGCUUUCAGUCGCCUGCCGCUCCCUGAAACACCUGGCCACACUGUUUUUCCCCCAGAGACAGUUUUUCUGAUGGACAGACUAUCUAAUGCUCCAGUGACAGCAAAGCAGAUCAAAACAUGGACUGAUAGAGACCCAGUGUUAUCACAAGUUAGAAGAUGGGUGAUGCAGGGCUGGCCUUUAGCUGUACAGCAGGAGAAAUUCCAGCCUUAUGCCAAGCGCAAGCUAGAACUGAGUGUUCUUGAUGGCUGUAUCCUUUGGGGCUCCAGAGUGAUCGUUCCCUCCCCAGGGCAGGCGCAGGUGAUGGAGGCACUGCACGAUGCCCACCCAGGGAUAUCCCGGAUGAAAAGCCUCGCCAGGUCAUUCGUGUGGUGGCCUGGGAUGGAUGGGGCUUUAGAAGAGAAAGUCAGGGCAUGUUCGCAAUGUCAAAGUAACCGGAAGAUGCCAGUGGCUGCGCCGCUUCACCCAUGGCAGUGGCCGGGCCGUGCAUGGUCCAGGCUCCACCUGGAUUUUGCAGGUCCGUUUAUGGGCCAGACAUUCCUAGUGCUGGUGGACGCACACUCGAAAUGGCUCGAGGCGCAUAUCAUGUCAAAUAUGACUGCUGCUGUUACCACUGAGAAACUAAGGAGCAUCUUUGCCACACACGGAUUACCAGACACAGUGGUGUCGGACAAUGGGCCCACCUUCACCAGUGAGGUUUUCAAAGAAUUUAUGGAGAAAAAUGGGAUCCGUCAUGUCUGUACUGCUCCCUACCAUCCUGCUUCCAACGGCCUAGCAGAACGAGCUGUUGAAACUCUGAAAGAUGGCCUGAGAAAAAUGUCAGGACACUCUCUGGAAACCAAACUUUCUCGUUUCCUGUUCCAAUACCGGAUUACUCCUCACACUACUACGGGAUUAGCCCCGGCGGAGAUGCUACUGGGAAGGAGGCCAAAGUCUCACCUGGAUCUCCUCCACCCGGAUGUGGGAGAAAGAGUUGUCAGAUCACAGGACAAGCAAAAGCUGAGGCGGGACCAACAUGCGAAAAACAGACUCUUUCAGCCAGGGGAUAGAGUGUAUGUGAAAAACUUUGCCACUGGUCCACCCUGGCUGCCGGGAGUUAUUCAACACCAGUCUGGUCCAGUGUCUUUUCUGGUGGAUUUGUCGGAUGGCAGGCAGGUGCGAAGGCACCAGGAUCAUCUGCGUGACCGCUAUGAUACAGGUGGGGAGGAGCGUCAGAGUGUUGGGCACAAGGAUGGUGUGAGCAGCUCGGGAGGCGCUAGUGAGGGGCCUCAAGCACCUGAGCAAGAGCAAGUGUCACCUGCAGAACUGUCAGUACAGGGCGCGCCACCUGCCUCCACCCCAAACCUGCUCGGGGGAGCACAACCUGCUCCUGAUGUUGGGGACAUCACACCAGAGCUAAGAAGAUCAACAAGGCAACAUAGGCCUCCAGAUAGACUGACCUGUUAA